AUGGACUACUUACCAAGGAUAACCGUCCGCCCGUCGCAUGAAAGGCUACAAGUACCGUCUCUGGAAGGGCUGGUCACGGCGAGCUUGUCUAACUCAGAUGGGUUGUUGCACCCGUUCUCAUACCCACCGGGGCCUGCUCAGGAUGGAGUGCCAGAGCAGAAGGACACAGAGAUUGCGAUGCUAUGUGAUCUAUUUUCUCGCACUUUGAACCAAUUCCUGGCCAUCACAGGCAGUGAGCUCACACUGCUUCUCCCUGCUCCCACCGAGACCUUUGACGACCAGACUUAUGGUGUCAAGGAAUUUCCCAUUGGGUCGCUUUCUUUGGUUCUGACAAGGCUUGUAAAACAACACUUUAAGGGUGGAUCAGGCGGCAGCUCCGGCAACUCUGUCCAGAAUAAGCAAGCUGUGGAACUUUUGCAACGAACCACGAUACAUCUGGAGAAAUAUCGAGACGCCCUGACAAAAUCUCCAUCAACGGUUCAGAGUGGCACCAGCGGAGUUCCAUUGUCCGACUUGGCAAUCCUGUCAUUGCAGUGUCUUGUCGAAACCCUGUACGACUUGACGCUUCCUCAAAUCCGCCUGACAGCUGUAUAUUCGAUAGCUAACCCGUACCCGUUUUGGAUGGAAAACGCGUUAGUUGAUAAGUUACUGUACGACUCUGGCUGGGAUGAGAGCAAAACUAGCUCUUUGCCCAGGGACAUUCGAUUUCGUUACUAUCUCAGCUUCUUGGCCACUGGUGCUCCAGACCUCAAACGGAGACGGUCAUCCGCACACUUCAAAGAACGCUACUCUCCAAUUCAUGUGUCUCGACAUUGCAACUGCGAUAGGCUGAGUGUAGACCUCAAUACGGUUGACACAGCAAUUGCCAGCCCCUACUUCAAUCUGGUGACGUUCUCUCCAAUCGGAGGCCACCACCAUGGUGGCCUCAAACUGAAGAAACAGAAGCUUCCGUCGGAGAAAGAUGCAAGCUUGGUCUUUGUGGCAUUCUCACAUCUAAGGUCUGAUGGUCUGGGAUCCAGCGAGGAGAACGCCCUGCCUCGAUGUCAAGUGGAGUAUCUCCAAGGCCUGAGCAAUCAACUGCUACCAGAAGAAAAACAUCCAGUGCCAUUCUACAUCGAUACGCUAUGUGUCCCAAUACGAGGUCCGGCGAAAGCCUCUGCUCUCCGGAAUAUGCAACCUGUUUUUGAGAAUGCCCGAAAAGUCCUUGGGCUCGAUAUUGGACUUUCCGCCACAGCAGUCUCCUCAUUCGCCCAAGAAAACUUAACACGAAUACGUUACUCAUCCUUCAUGCAGAGGUUAUAUACAGUAGCGGAAUGCACAGUCUCUCCAGACAUGUACUUCCGUUUUCAGGGUGACUCCUUGGUUUCCUUGAAGGACCUUACCUCAACCUUCGACAUGAACGAGGAACUCCCGUUGCUAAGCACAGUCAGUUUCAAAGACCGCCGGCGAAAUACCUUGACGCCGGAAGAUUUUGAUGAUUUGUCACUCGCUUUGACAUGGCUAAGUGAUGAUCUCCAUGUCUUGAAGAUGUAUUCAAAGGGACAAUUAGACAAGUCGUUGGCUAAGGUCAGCAUCAACGCAGCAUUCCCUUCGGUAUCCGAUGAGUGGUCUGCUAGCCGUGAGGUAGACGGCGUGUACUUUUUGCGAAGACUGCUUCGACUGGGCUUCCUGGCGCUUCCUCAGAUGAGGUACUUUGCGCAAGCCAAUGAAGCCGCAACUUUGGACGAAAUCGCCAACAAGACACUCGAAGCAUACAGGGUACCCUUGAACGAAUCCGGUUCGCCAAAAACCCGCCUGCUCCCUAGUUACCUUCGCGAAUGUUCUGACAUUAAUCACGUCCUGGAACGUCUCGGGACGCUAUAUAAACUGACCAGCUCAUUACGACUAUAG